UCAUCAGUUAAAACCUAUUCUCUUCAAUCAUCUCAAUUCCAAAAAAAUGAAGAUCUCUUUCUCUUCUGUUCUCUUCGUACUCAUGGUCGUUUUCAUCAUUUCUUCUUCAGGAAACAAGAAAAUGGUAGGAGAAGCAAAGGAUUGUUUUCAAACGUGGACGUGUGAAGGAGAAAAAGAAUGUAGAGAUAAGUGCACGGCUGAAUACAAAGGAAUUGGAAGGUGCGAUGAUAUCGUUGCUCCUAUAGUUCCUCCCCAGUGUAAUUGCUAUUAUCCUUGCUAAUAUCUCUAUACGUACAGCAAAUAAUGAUUUGUCUUAUAUUAUAAUAUGUAAACUUUUUAUCUGUUAAAUCUUAUGUGAUUCAAAGAAUAAAUAUAUCUCAAAGGUGAAAUCUAUGAUGUGUUUGUCUA